GACGAUUACUACCCCCAAUUACUCUCCUCACUCAACUCGUUCACCUCGUCGUCGUAGUCGUCGUCGUCGUCGUCUCACUGCCGUCACCCUCCCUUCUUACCUCUCCCUUGCUCUCUCUCCCCUCCGUCGUCCCCCACCCGCCCGCCUGGAACCAUGGCGCCAGGCAUCUCCUACGAUGACUCGGGGUCGCUCGCCUCCUACUUCGGCGUCACCUGCCUCGCCAUGAUCCUUAUCCCUGUGACAUUCACCACACUGAGACCAGCGCCCAAAGACCCCCACAAGUCAUUGUGCGACUGCAAUGAAUGUCGUGCAAACAACAAGCGCAAGGCCGCGCUCAAGUCGGCGAGCCGCGGCCGCAAGCUUGCCCGCUAUAUGGUUCCCCUCGUCCUUGGCUGGGCGGCGCUCUUGUAUCUCGCAUACGGGAUAUACAAGGCCCCUCCACUCGAAACCACCAUCUACGACCCCUUUGAGAUCCUGGGCAUCCGCACAUCAGCAAGCGACAAGGAGAUCAAGAAGCACUACAAGAAGCUGUCACUGCAAUACCACCCGGACAAGGUCAAACUUGGCCCCAACCAGACGUAUGACGAGAUCGAGAACAAGUUCGUAGACCUCACCAAGGCCUACAAGGCCCUCACCGACGAGGCGACUGUCGAAAACCUCCGCAAGUACGGCAACCCAGAUGGGCCGCAGCAGCGCGAGGACAAGAUUGCCAUCCCCAAGUGGGUGGUCGAGGGCAAGAGCUCAAUUUGGGUUUUGCUUGCGUAUGGCGUUGUUCUCGGUGGUGGCAUUCCAUUCGUCGUCGGCCGCUGGUGGUUCCGCCAGCGCAAGUUGACGCGCGACGGCGUCCUCAACUCGACUGCCGAGAACAUCUUCCACAAGCUGCGCUCUGACACGGAUUUCCUCUCCCUCAUCGCUCUCCUGUCUUCCUCGGACGAGUUCCAGACAAUCCUGGCCCCUCGCCGCAAGCUGAGCAAGAAGGACCGCAAGGAGCGGCAGGCACGCGUUGAGGCACUGGAGCAGGAGCUUGACGCAAAGCGUGCUGACCUUCUCAUCAAUGAAAAUCCCAUGAUGAAGAAGGACUCGCGCGUUAUUGUCACGACUGCCACCGCGCGACGCGCCCGUGCGCUCCUCUGGGCCCAUCUCCUCCGCCACGACCUUCCCAAGGAUCUCGCUGCGGAGCAGCUCGAGGUUCUCCGCGCCCUCCCUCCGCUUCUGCAGGCUAUUGCCAACAUCGCCCUUGGCCACAACUGGCUCAAGACCUCGCUGCUGUGCCAGCAGCUCCAGUCUGCGCUUGUCCAGGCAAUUCCCAUCGGCGGCUCCCCGCUUGCCCAGCUUCCCGGGAUCUCGCUCCAGAGCGGGCUCGAGCUUGAGAUUACCACUGGCGCCGAGGGCCGCAAGUGGCUGGAGAAGUGGGUCGCCAUCAACGAUGAGAAGUACCCGGAAGCCAACGCGGUUGCCCGCAACUUUCCCCGUUUGGAGGUGACCGACGUGGAGUUCAAGGUGACUGGCGAAAAGGUCGUUACGCCCAGUUCCAUUGUGCAGCUUGCGUUCAAGGCGCGUUGGGUGCACCCCAAGGAUCCCAAGGAGGUGUCGAACGGGAGUGCGCGCGCCGACUCGGUCGAAGCGGUUGAGAAGGAGGUGUUGAAGGAGACCAAGGAGGAGAAGAAGGACUACCCUCCAACAGGGUAUGCGCACGCGCCACGCUGGCCCGCAAACCGGUCCCCGGCGUUCUUUGCGCUAAUGGGUGACUCGAAGCUGGACAAGGUGAUUGUGCAGCCUUCGCGUGUCGCAGAUAUCCCCUUCGACCAGGCGCGCGAGUACUCGCUGCAGUUCCAGGCGCCCCCACAGCCGAAUCUGUACAGCUUUGUGCUGCACUUGACCUCGGACACGUAUGUCGGCGCCGACAUCGCACGCCCAAUCAUGCUCAAGGUUGAGCCUGCGCCGCCUGAGAGCGAUGGAGAUGACGACAUUAGCGAGCCAGAGGAGGACAGCAUCGCGGGCCAGAUGGCCAUGAUGUGUGGUGAAAAGGUCAAGCCGUCUGCGGUGCACGAGGAGAGCGAGUACGAGACGGACACCAGCAGCGAUGAGGAAGGGCCACGCCGUGGGCGGGCCAUCAACGAGGACACGGAUAGCGAUAGCGACUAGUAGAUGUGCAUUUGCAUCGUUACCCGCGCGAUGAUACCAUUGCAUUGUGAGGGGGAGAUGAGCUA